GGUCGGGCCUUGUGACGUGUGAUAUCACAUCGAUUUGAAAUUGAAAUUGAAAAAUCGAUCGUCCAGGAUUGUGUAUUGGUAUUUAGUGGAGGAGCGAACGACAGAGCGAACGAUUUUGCUCAAAGACUGAUUUUUUGAUUAAUUCGAUAAGAGAAUACACAAUUGUAAUUGAUAGAGCCAAAGAAUGUCUGUGAUUAUUAGAACCAGCAUCCUCGGGACCAAGGCCCUACGAAAAUUUGUAGAAUGUUCUCCCGCCUUAAGACAUACUUCGAACAAUUCUGCAAAGAUCGAUAUACAUGAAGAUGACAUUAAAAAAUCGGUUUUCAUCUCCCAGUCGACCAACAUUUAUACCAACUUGGCUCUAGAGGACUGGUUUUAUCGGAACUUUGAUUUUAGUAAGCAUCAUAUUCUGCUACUUUGGAAAAGUGAUCCCUGCGUGGUUAUAGGACGUCAUCAGAAUCCUUGGACGGAAUGCAAUAUUCCAGCCAUCGAACCGAGCCAGGUGGUAGUGGCUAGGCGUAACAGCGGAGGUGGUACGGUAUACCAUGACUUUGGUAAUCUCAACUUAUCGUUCUUCACGCCGAGACAGCGGUAUAAUAGAAGAUACAAUCUGGAUAUAAUCACAAGAGCUUUGUUCCGAGAAUGGGGUUUGAAAUCUACCAUCAACAAGAAACAAGAUAUCAUUGUGCAGGACGAAUUCAAAAUAUCCGGUACAGCUGCUAAAUUAGGAUAUCCCAACGCUUAUCAUCAUUGUACACUGUUGGUAGACGUUAAUACGCAUGCGUUAAGCUUGGCCCUCAAGAAAACAGAGAACGGAAUAACAACAAACGCAACCGAAUCCAUUCGAUCGCCAAUUAAAAAUUUAAAUGAAGUUAAUUCCCAUAUAACAAUCGACCAACUGCUAGCUGCUGUUGGCUGGGAAUAUCUUCGAUCCAAGCCGUUAACAGCGCACGAUGGUGGUCACAAAUUAAUAGAGCAGCAAAGAGGUUUUCAAAUGGUUAAUCCCACCGAGGACUGGUUUCCAGGUAUCACAAAGCUGAUCGAACAAUUCCAAUACUGGGAUUGGAUUUACGGCAAGUCACCGAAAUUCACCGUAACUCGGAUGUUGGAAGCCCCAAAUACAAAGGACGCGAAUCGACUUUUGAAACUUGUGAUUGACGUAGAAAAGGGCAUUGUGCAAGACGUGAAAAUGACUUUACCUUCGGACUUGAAUCAAUACGCGAGCGUGAUCACGAACCUCAGUGGUAAGCCUUAUAGCCACAAACUCACAAACAGUAUCGUCCAAGCCACUGGCUGCAAAGUUGUGGAGUUUGAUGUGAGCGUCGACAAGAGCAACGUUGCCGCCUUGUAGUUAAUAUCAUUUCCAUUUGAGAGAAUUGUACAAAAAUAUUUUAUAAUUAUACUUUUUAUAGCAUAAGUGCGCGUUCGAGAAGAAUGUUGAUCGCUUAUUACGUUUGGGCACCAUAUUCUAUUACAUCGUUGAAUAUUACGU